CUACAUCUUUCAUUUCAUUUUUUUUUUUAUUAAUUAGUUUUAAAUAAUUUUAUCCACUUGACUUUUAUACAAUAAACAUUGAUGUUUUCAAAUUUCAUCAACCCUUGCAAAUUGCAAUAUAAUAUAUGAAUAAAACCGGCUUUAAUUAAAUCUUACAUUAUCUAUGUUUUUGUAUCUGCAUUGUUUUCAUUAGCUAAAGAUUUUUAUUUUCUUUUUUCUUUUUAGUUGAUAUAACAUAAGAAAUCAAUGAACACAUCUAGUAGCUCGGCAAAUGAAGCAUUUGAAGGAUGUGUACAUGUACCACAACCAAGGGAAGGGCUACACGAAUCCGGCCCACCGCCUUUUCUAACGAAAACGUAUGAUAUCGUCGAAGAUCCGAGAACGGAUGAUAUUAUUUCAUGGAGUAGAGGAAAUAAUAGCUUUGUUGUAAGAGAUCCACAAAGUUUCUCCAUCAAUCUUCUUCCCAAAUAUUUCAAGCAUAACAAUUUUUCAAGCUUUGUGAGGCAGCUCAAUACUUAUGGAUUUCGAAAGGUAGAUCCAGACAAAUGGGAGUUUGCUAAUGAGUUAUUCCUUAAGGGGCAAAAGCAUCUCUUAAGGAACAUAAGGAGGAGAAAGGCAGCUUCUCAACAACAUCAAUCUACCCAUAAUUUGGAAUCCUGUGUUGAAGUGGGUACGUUCGGAUUAGAUGUCGAGAUCGAUAGGCUAAGGCGGGACAAGCAGGUGCUUAUAGCUGAGCUAGUGAAGUUAAGGCAGCAACAAACGCACACAAAAACUUAUCUCCAACUGAUGGAGCAAAGACUAAAAGGUACUGAACAAAAACAGCAGCAGAUGAUGAAUUUCUUGGCGAGGGCGCUUCAGAAUCCUGAUUUUUUACACCAAUUAGCUCAGCAGAAGGAAAGAAGGAAGGAACUUGUGGAUGAGAUUUCUAAGAAGCGCCGAAGACCAAUCAAACAAGGUCCUAGCAAUAGCACUAGUACUAGUUUCGGAACUGAAACAGCAGGGGUACUGUUUGAUGUUAAGGAUGAGCCUGUUGAUUUACAGGAUAUGCCUCAGUUUGAAGACUCUGAAUUGGAUAUACUUGCGAUGGAAAUGUCAGGAACACCUGCUGCAAUUGAUGAUACUAUCGCGAUUGUGCCUCAGGAGGAAGAUGUACUUCACACAGAGCAUGAGGAAAUGGGUAGAGAUUUAUCGACACUUGAUGAUGGUUUCUGGGAAGAAUUCUUAAAUAAAAAGAUUGAAGAAGAUAGUGGGUUGCUGAAUGCUGAUGAAAUAAUGGAAGAGGAAGACGUAAUUGUGCUGGUUGAGAGGCUCGGUGAAUUGGGUUCUAGACCCCCUCCUUAGAUAUGCUCAUCAGAUCCCUUGUUUGCAGUCUGCACCACUGAUCCUAGCUAAGCUAGCUGCUAAAGAAGUAUUAGUAUUGUUUUGACAGGUUGUUUGGAAAUGGAAUUUCUUCCUACCUGAUCGUAUCGUAGCCUGGAAACUGGUAAAAACCAUUCAGAAUUUUUGCUGAUAUCUGCUGUAAUAGUAGCAAUGCAGUUUCUCAUUUUACAA